CUGCGCGCCGUAGGACCCUCUACCCGGACACGGACCGCGCCAACAAAACAGGGGAGGCGGGAAAACCGCCCCCCAGCCCCAAUCCAAUCCCGCGCCACACUCCUCCCUUCGUCUUCCCCCGCCGCUCCCCGAUUCGAAACCCUAGCAAGGGUUCUACAACCUUCCGGAUCGGGAGCGGAGGCCACCGGACGAUGGCCGACGGCGCGCUGCUCGACCUGCUGCCCCAGAUCCACGCCCUCUUCUCCGACCAGCUCCGCGUGAUUUCGUACAAAUGGCUAAGCCGGAAUUUUUCUGUGUCAUCAAAUGAUGCCAAGAGGUUGCUUCAGGAGUUUGUCAACAAACAUGGAACUGAUCACGAAGUUAUUUACAGUGUGUCUGGGUGGUUAAAGAACAAUCCCGAGAACUAUUGUGUAAAACUCACUUCAGGCCCUAACCUUGAAGAAGCAAGGCGGACAUUUAAAGGUUCUUGUUCAGUUCAGGUUUACAGUAUCCAGGCUUGUAUUCCAAAAGAUACUGCUGUACUUUGGAAUCCUGAAUUUGUGCAGGCAGAGGAGCUUUUCAACCAGCCAUUUGAUGAAGAAAAUUGUUUGAGAGAUAAUAGGUUCUGUGGUGUAAGGAAUUCUUUUGUCAAGCGAACUACCACAGGGAAGCAUGUAAGCUCAAUGCCCCCAAAGCCUACAAAUAGUGUUAUAGCACCUGCAGUGCCAAAACCUAGUAGUGCUACAAAAGAGCAAUCUUCUAUUGUUCGACAGCAAGAUCUACCUGAACCAUCCGAUCCAGUGAAGGAAACCAGCAUUAAAGCUGAGAAGGAUAAUGCCUCGGUCUUGGAUAAAACUGUUAAGGCUCUGGCUGUCAAAGAGCCAUCAGUUGGUGUGCAUGCAAAUAAAACCAAAGCUCAGAAUGGGAAGACCCUACCCAGUAAUGGUGCAUCCCUGGCUACCAUGUGGGGUCGUGCAUCUGCAAAACCCAAGGCUCCAGCUGUCAUUAAAGCUAAAGAUCUACCAAGUGUUGCUGUUACAGCUGAUGCACAGAUAUGUGCAAAAGAAGAAGCAGAUGCGGAUAGCAGCGAUGAUGAAAAAAAUGCACACUACAAGCGGGCCUCUAAUGGUGCAAGUAACAGAAAGAGAAGAGCGAUCUUUGAUUGUUCAGAUGAUGAUGAUGAUGAUGAUGAUUUUGUAGCCAUUGCAUCUCCAGAGCCACUAAAACAGCGUGCCAGAAAUCCUGUCAUUGAAGCUGCACAAGACAAUAUAUCAGAACAGAAUAAAGUGGAAAGCAAACAGGAUACAGUGAGCGAUGUGAAGGGCGUCACAAAAGGGACUGAUUCUGAGUUUACCUCUGAAUGCAAAACUAGCAGUGACAAUGCUAUCAACCCUUCUGGGAUCACCUUAAAAGAAAAGGCUAAUGAGCCACCAAUCGAUGAAAAUAAGAAGGAUCAUGCUGCCGAGACAGCUUCCACCUCACCUAAAAGAAGGAAGGUCUUGAAGACACGUAUAGAUGAGCGGGGGAGAGAAGUAACUGAGGUUGUCUGGGAGGGCGAAGCUCCUGCAAGUGAUAAGGCAGAGAAAAAUGUUACCACUACUGAUGCCAGUAACAGGCCAACUCUUCCAAGCAAGCCACAGCCAGCAGUUAACACUGACAGGAGCAAUGCUCCAAGUAAAACAGCAGGCAGCAAGAAACCUGCCAAGGCUGCUGCCCCCAAGCAAGGAAAGAACAUAAUGUCAUUCUUCAAGAAGGUAUAAUAAGCCCGUCUCCUUCCAUCUGAUAACGAAGCCAUUGAUGGAUCAAACGGUCUCUUUCCAAGCACCCACCCGUUGCAGCCGAACUGGCUCUGCCUGAAUAUCACCUCGGACAAGGACUUGCUCACCAAGCAGCUCGUGCGUCGUAGCUUUUCUUUUAAGUAACCUGUAGCAUUUUGUGUUGUACUAGUAGUUGGUGUUGGUUUCUUCUUCCCGAUUCAGGAUCCAAGAUGGGCUGAACCAUGCUUGCUGCGUGGCUGGCAUGAAUCCUGCUGGGCUUACUGAAUGUGCAUCCUGUUUUAGAAUUCAGAGUGUUCUCUAGCUGUACAUGCUACCUCGUGUCUUUCUCUGUACACGCACGUUGCUGUCCUGAGGUUGGAGGCAAAACACAUGGUUCGUGAAAA